CUAGCAAAAAAWUUCCCUCCAUCCGAUCAUGUACUACGGUACAACUGUGGAAGUUACGGUACGAACACGUUUUUGAGACGUCGAGUGAAACUCGAACUCGUACUGCUAUCUACCGGUAGCAAGGGUGAUAACUGAAGAGACGGAGUACAGUUGCAUACCGUACCGUCCAUAAUAUUUCGACGACAGCCUUGGCUAGCUGUACAGCAUCGUCGGAAACAUACUGCACCAUAUUCAUUAUCACACAACAAUGAAGCCGUUUGGAAUUUCUUGCACUCGCCGGAGCCAAUUGCUGGUGAUUCUGUCGACCUUGUUCGUGACUCUUGCAGGAGCUUUCCACACCGAAUCCUUGCUUCGCCACCCAAAGCUUGCUGCUUCGCGACAGGAAAAAAUCAUUCAAUCGACAACGAGUGUGCGGCCCCAUGUUCGCUCGAACGGAACCUGUGAUAUUUGCAAGUCGUUUGACACCCUCGCCUUGAGGGCUGGUGGUGACGAUGGUGCACUGGAGAAAAAGCCGAACAAAGUAUCACAAAUCAUCCAAUACUGCAACAAAAAUUACUUUCUGGUGGGAAUGUUCGUAGCUGUUUCGUUGGCAAAAGCAUUGCCGGCACUCGGGAAAAACGGCGGCAUUCUUCGGCCCGAAGUUUUGAUUGGAAAUUAUGGAGUCGCACUGAUAUUUUUGCUUUCGGGAUUUUCCUUGCAAACUUCGGAUUUGGCCAAGGCCAUAUCGAACGUCAAACUGAAUGGUCUCGUGAACCUUUUGCUUUUUGGCUUUUGGCCGUUUUKCAUCGGUGUGCCGCUGCGCUUUCUGUUUACGGACAUCUUUCCGACCUUGAUACCUCCGGCUCUGGCAGACGGCAUACUCAUCACGACGACCUUGCCGACUACUGUGAACAUGUGCAUCAUGCUGACAUCGACGGCGGGGGGAAACGCAGCAUCGGCCAUAUGCAACGCCGUCAUCAGCAAUCUUGCAGGAAUCUUUUUGACGCCGUUGCUGCUCAUGAAGUUCUUUGGAGCGUCGAUCCAUCUGCCAUUUGGACAAAUGGUGCUGAAACUCUGCAAAAAGGUGCUGUUGCCCGUGACAAUCGGCCAGCUUCUCAGGACCAACGGCCAAGCGAAGGCUUUUUACAAGACCCAUUCUAAAAAGUUCAAGCGCCUCCAGGAAACAGUGCUGUUGGGAAUCGUUUGGAAUGCCUUUUGCAAUGCUUUCUCCGACGGCUUGGGCAUUCAGCUGAAACAUUCGUUGGUGUUGUUGGCACUCCUUCCAACCUUGCACAUCGUGACUCUCGGAGCAUUUUUCAAGUUCUUCUCUCUUCCGUUCCUUGGGUUUUCAAAAGGAGAGACGAUUGCCGGCAUGUUUUGUUCCUCCCAGAAGACCCUGGCUUUCGGUCUUCCGCUGAUCAAUACGAUAUUCCAGGGUAAUCCUAACCUGGCGUCGUUUUGUGCUCCCCUAAUGUUUAUUCAUCCAUUGCAAAUGGCAAUCGGAUCGUUCCUACUUCCUACAAUUCAAAAAUAUACGGGCGACGAUGCUAAAAAUUAAUGUUUUGAUUGGAAGAAAAUGAACUGUUCACAACUCA